AUGAUUCUCUGGCCCCUUCUGUCCGCCUCUCCUCUGGUCCCCUCUCCCGUGCCCUCUGCAUGCCCUCUCUGGCCUCACGUGCCCGCUCUGCUCCCUGCGCCAAGGUUCCGCCCCCGGUCCUGCCCUCUUGGCGGCUCCCUCCGGACUCGUUCCGCCUCUCCCACGAUCCUCCCCGCCCUUCUGUCCGUCCCCACUGCGGCGCCGGCGGCACGCGCGCCUCCCGCUCCUCCCACCUGCCCGUCUCGUGCCGCGGCCGCCUCUCUGGUGAUGGUGACCACGUGUCCAGGUGUUCCUGCCAAGUGCGCGGCAGGCGCCGUUCCGGUGAUCGCUGCUCCCCGUCGUGCUUCUCCCUCCGCGCGUGACGUCCAGCAGGCGAGCGGGACCAACUACUGUCUCUCCGCCCUCUCUGCCCCAUCCCUCCUGGCGAGCGCCUGGUGCUGCUGCGCCCCCCUUGCUGCUGACCGUGCCGCUUCGGCGACGCAGUCCGCCGCGUGCCGGCCCCCCCCGUGGGGACCCUCUCGCUCGCGCGCUCCCGACAGCAGGGCCUCCGACCUUGCAGCUGCCGCCUCACUUGUCUCCGCUUGA